CCAGCGGGUGCGUCCCGAUCGGUGUCCCGGAACAGCCCGCCCAAGAGGCGAUCGAGGCGGGCGCGCGGGGCCGGGAGGGGCGGUUGGGCAAGUAGAGAAGGAGACGAGACAGCGUGCGCCAACCUAAAGUUUUCGGAGCGCGUAAAGACUGGGAGCGCGCUGGGGCCACCCGCCACUCCCGGGCGGCUGCAGGUGUCGGCUACGCGCGGGCGCGGCGGGGCUGCUGGCGCGGACUGGCCAGGUGCUCCGCCCGCGGGCGGCGCUGUGCACGCAGGGCGGCCGGAGGACUGGGAGCGCCAAGCCGGGUCGGAGCCGCUGCCGGCGGCGGGGGGCGGGGAGUGUGGCCGAGAAAUGGGGAACAAUGCGAGUGAGCAACUUCAGGAAGUCAUUGUGAAAGAAAGCUGGGAAGAGCUCCGUGGCCAAGUUAGCUUGGUACUCUAACAAGUGCCUGCGCGGCUCGCUCCCAGGGCGGCGACUGCGGCCACAGCCCUCAGUCCCCGCGCAGCUUCAGCGCAGCCCGGGCGGGACGCUCAGUCUCUGAGAGACGGGCGACCUGGGCGAACCCAACGGGGCAGAGGGAGCCCCGGCUCCAAAGGCUGCUUUUCGUGCCGGAGGAUAAGUCUUGGCCCCCAAAGUCCGGUGCACACGUCCACAUAACCUGAGGACAAUGGAUGCUGAUGAGGGUCAAGACAUGUCCCAAGUUUCAGGGAAGGAAAGCCCCCCUGUCAGUGAUACUCCAGAUGAUGGUGAUGAACCCAUGCCUGUCCCCGAAGACCUUUCCACUUCUGGAGGACAGCAGAAUUCCAAGAGUGAACGAGGCAUGGUUACAUAUGGGGCUGAUGUCUUUAGGGAUUUUCAUGCAAUAAUUCCCCAAACUUUCUCUCCCAGUAAUGUUAAAGUAGAGGCUCAGAGUGAUGAAGAGAAUAGGCGUGCCUGUGAAAUGAAUGGGGAAGAAUGUGCAGAGGAUUUACGAAUGCUUGAUGCCUCGGGAGAAAAAAUGAAUGGCUCUCACAGGGACCAAGGCAGCUCGGCUUUGUCCGGACUUGGAGGCAUUCGACUUCCUAAUGGAAAACUAAAGUGUGAUAUCUGUGGGAUCAUUUGCAUCGGGCCCAAUGUGCUCAUGGUUCACAAAAGAAGCCACACUGGAGAACGGCCAUUCCAGUGCAAUCAGUGUGGGGCCUCCUUCACCCAGAAAGGCAACCUGCUAAGGCACAUCAAGCUGCAUUCUGGGGAGAAGCCAUUCAAGUGUCACCUCUGCAACUAUGCCUGCCGUCGGAGAGACGCCCUUACCGGCCACCUGAGGACACACUCUGUUGGUAAACCUCACAAAUGUGGAUAUUGUGGCCGAAGCUAUAAACAGCGAAGUUCUUUAGAGGAACAUAAAGAGCGCUGCCACAACUACUUGGAAAGCAUGGGUCUUCCAGGCACAUUGUACCCAGUCAUUAAAGAAGAAACUAAUCACAGUGAGAUGGCAGAAGACCUGUGCAAGAUAGGAUCAGAGAGAUCCCUCGUGCUGGACAGACUAGCAAGUAACGUCGCCAAACGUAAGAGCUCUAUGCCUCAGAAAUUUCUUGGGGAAAAGUGCCUGUCGGACAUGGCCUAUGACAGCAGUGCCACCUUCGAGAAGGAGAACGAGAUGAUGACCUCCCACGUCAUGGACCAGGCCAUCAACAACGCCAUCAACUACCUGGGGGCCGAGUCCUUGCGUCCCUUAGUUCAGACACCCCCAGGGGGCCCAGAAGGGGUCUCAGUCAUCAGUCCUAUGUACCAGCUGCACAAGCCCCCGACGGAGGGGGCCCCGCGGGCCAACCACUCUGCGCAGGAGAGCGCGGUGGAGAACUUGCUGCUGCUGUCCAAAGCCAAGUCGGCAUCUUCGGAGCGGGAAGCCUCCCCCAGCAACAGCUGCCAGGACUCCACGGACACGGAGAGCAACACGGAGGAGCAGCAGCGCAGCGGCCUCAUCUACCUGACCAACCACAUCGCCCCGCUGGCCCGCAACGGCCUGGCGCUCAAGGAGGAGCAGCGUGCUUACGAGGUGCUGCGCAGCGCCUCCGAGAACUCGCAGGAUGCCUUGCGCGUGGUGAGCACCAGCGGCGAGCAGAUGAAGGUGUACAAGUGUGAACACUGCAGGGUGCUCUUCCUCGACCAUGUCAUGUACACCAUCCACAUGGGCUGCCAUGGCUUCCGAGAUCCCUUCGAGUGCAACAUGUGCGGGUACCACAGCCAGGACAGGUAUGAAUUCUCCUCCCACAUCACACGGGGGGAGCACCGCUUCCACAUGAGCUAAAGACCCCCACAUGCCUUGGACCACCACCACCACCACCCCCCAAAAAACAACCCUGAAGAACUCUGCACUCUCCCUGCCUCACCUGGACCACAGAGAAUGUGGAGUGUGGAUUAUGGGGUGUGGUGUGAAUCAUGGGGUGGCUUCUGUGGUAUGGAUUUUGUGGAUGAUGUCGAGUGUGGACUAUGGGAUGGGUUCCUGAGAUGUGGUGUUCAUUGUCACUCGGCUGGUUGGGUUUCAUUUACUUUUGCAAACCAAAUUUCCAUAGGUAGAGGCAAGAGGGCCCUGGAAGCAUAGCAAAACUUCCAUCUCCCUACAAUGCCACAGACUUGCUAAACUUAACUUCCUCCCCUUUCCCCACUACACACACCUCUAUAUAGAGUAUGGACACAUUAAAUAAAACAAGUCAGAUUCUGGAAAGCAAGAUGAUGGGUUGUGAAGGAAGCACAAAGUUCAUGCAUGUAUCAGGAGUCCCCCCGCACGCGCGCGCGCGCACACACACACACACAUACACAACUAGAGAGUGCUGGCUCUGAAGUAUGGCCAUCUCUGAAGCUUGAUAGGUGAGCAAUAGGAACAAUUAUAUGGCUGCUGGGGAGACGCAGAGACAGAAACUGUACAUAAGCCACAAUCUCAGGCCACUCAUAGCCAGAGCAAAAGGCUAUGCUCUAAACCAGAGCACAUUAGGUCAUCUUUCCCCUAGGAAAAUAGGGUAGCCCUAGGCAAGGAAGGAGGGCACAGGAUUAUAGGAGAUCCUGUCUUGCUUUCUACGCUUGGUGAGUUUGCCUGGUGACAUGGAACCUUCCUAAACUUGUUGCAAGGUGGUAUAAGUCCAGUGUUCCUGUGGACAAAUGUGGAGAGUCCUGUGUUCUGCUUUGCCACCCCUAUGCCCUUAAUGGUCCCUAUUUCUGCUUUCAACCACAGUCCUGAUAUUUAGGCCUUAAUUUGAACUUCUGAAGAAGUAAAAUUCCUCAAAACUAAAACUUUCUCCCAAAUUCUGCUCUUUCCUACCUGCGUGUUUAUUCUUUCCUGGGAUAAUUCUACCUAAAGCCAUGACCUGUUACCUUGUCAAAGGCCCAAGUACAAUCUCAGCACUUCAUUUUAACUAAGACCAUGUCCUGUUUGUAUCUGCCAGCCUGGAUUCGGCUGUAUUUAUAAAGGUCUCUUUCUACAUAAUGUUUUUUGUGUAUGCCAGUACUGGGUCUUG